AUGGGGAAGAAAGGAAGUUGGUUUUCUGCAAUCAAAAGGGUUUUCACACCACAUUCCAAGGAGAAGCAGCUAAACAAGAACCAAGAACCGGAGAGUAAGAGUAACAAAGAAAAGAAGAAGAAAGGUUUAGGAAAGAAGUUAAGAAAUGGAGAAACCAAUUCAUUUCUUCCAAUCUUCAGACAACCUAGUAGCAUCGAAAAGAUCUUGUGUGAAGCAGAACGAGAGCAUAACCUUGUCUUUAGGCCACCAACUCCCACGGAUCAUCGAGCAAAGGGAUCAUCAACCUAUGUUCCUUCUCCUCCUAUAAGGCCUGCUUCUCCAAGAGUGUCUUCUCAGAGACAUGUCUCUUCUCCAAGACCAAUUUCCCCAAGAGUUGCUUCCCCUCGAGCCCCUUCUCCAAAGCCUCCUUCUCCAAGAGCGGCUUCCCCUAGGGUUGUGCAGCGACGCGAGUUUGUGCAUAGACCAGAGCCAACACUACUGGUCAAAAAAGCUUCUGCGAUAAAGAUUCAAGCAGCUUUUAGAGGUUACAUGGCAAGGAGGAGUUUCAGAGCUUUGAAAGGUCUUGUUAGGCUUCAAGGAGUGGUGAGAGGAUACAGCGUGAAGCGUCAGACCAUGAAUGCUAUGAAGUAUAUGCAGCUUUUGGUCCGUGUUCAAACACAAGUCCAGUCACGUCGCAUCCAAAUGCUUGAAAACCGAGCAAAGAGCGAGAAAGAUGACACAAAAUUAGCCUCUAGCCUUGCGAGUGGGGAUUGGGACGAUAGCGUGCUGACAAAGGAAGAAAAAGAAGCGAGGCUCCAUAGGAAGAUUGAUGCGAUGAUCAAAAGAGAACGUUCCAUGGCCUAUGCAUAUUCUCACCAGUUGUGGAAAAACAGUCCAAGGUCUGGUCAGGACAUUCGACCAAAUGGGUUCCCACUUUGGUGGAAUUGGGUUGACCGGCAGAAGAGCCAAACCCAACCUUUCAGGCUAACACCGACACGACCGAGUCCAAGCCCUCAACCUCAAGCUAGCAACCAAAACCAUUUCAGCCUCAACAACAGCUUCGACGCUUCCACACCCAAUUCAUCAAGAUCCGCAUUCCACACUCCCUCUAGACCCAUUCAUACUCCACAACCACACAGUAACGUCUCAAGAUACACAAGAGGAGGAAGAGCCACACAAGAUUCUCCUUUUAAAGAUGAUGAUAGCCUCACAAGCUGCCCUCCGUUCUCAGCUCCAAGCUACAUGGCUCCAACAGUCUCAGCUAAAGCUAAACUGAGAGCAAACAGCAACCCAAAGGAUAGGGUGGACCGUUCACCGGUCACAACCAACAACGACAAGAGACGGAUUUCGUUCCCUCUUGGUUCGUUCAAAUGGAACAAAGGGUCAUUGUUCAUGAGCAGCAACAACAAAAAGGGUCCAGGGUCAUCUUCUUCUUCUGGCCUUGUGGUGCUUGAGAAGCACAAGACACUCAAAUCCGUAGGAAAUUUGAGUAUUGAUUCCACUGUCUCGAUGCCUGCAGCUGUUGGGAGGAGGUCUUUUAACAGAUUUGCGUGA